AUGGUAACAUUAGCAAAGGAUGAACAAUAUAAUGGCCAGUUCUUCCACAACAAGGAUGUCCUUAUCAUAGCCAUGAUAAGUUCAUUGAUCUGGAUGGUCUUGGGUGUAUACUCAAUUCUCUUGUCGAUCCAAUUGAAGAGACUACUUGAUAUCUAUAUUCCAUCAAUGGACUAUGAAUGUGUCUUGCAAGAUCCUCCAAUCUAUCAAAGAUGUACUCCAACUUCGUCAGCAUCAUCCUCAUCGUAUACACCAUCCUACAACACUUUCCAAACAUACACCUACCCAGUGGCGCAGAAGCAACAACAAUACCAACAGGCCAGCGAGAUUGGAGGCUCACCGCCACCUCCAUACCAAUUCUCCAAGUAUCAACUCAACUAUCCAUCAUCAUCCUCAUCAUCGCAAUCAUUGACAUCAUCAAAGUAA